AUGACAACAGAUAGCAUGCUGUUUACAAUGUCAAAGGAUAGUGAUAGAAAUACUACUCAACAAUCUAAUAGUAAAGAAUAUAACAGCAUGAAUGAUCAGCAAGUUAACAAUAAAAACAACAGCUCACAGGGUAGUAUUAAUAACGGCAAAGAUAGUAAUAUAACUGAUCAGUCGACUGAUAAUACAAAUAAUAUGCAGCAGAAUAGUAGCACAUCUAGUAUUUAUAAGAAGUAUAGUAAAAGAUACCACAAUGACAGCCAGGAAGAUGGAUUAAAUCAGAAACAGAUACGUAGCUCAUUUGAGAACAUCACCAAUGAAAAUAACAAAGACUCUUCAAAACAACAUUCAGAAACCAAAAACUCAAAGAAACCCACAGAUAGUACGUCUCAACAUCAAAAAACCACCCAGGAGUCUCUUAGUAACAAUGACUUUAAUUUUUAUAGAUUUGGGGAGGAAGAGCGAGUUAUUAGACCCGACGAGUAUAUUGAGACACGUCUUUCAUAUUCUGACAUAUUUGGAUCUGAAUCCAUAGCUGUAGAACCUUCCAACACACCGGUUAGUGUUCUUGAUAAUGAAGAAAUGAUACCAAAACAAAACAAAAUGCACGGGUUUUGGAGCGAGCUGUGCGGACAUAGCGUACUUACUCUUAAUAAUAUUGAAAUACCAAAUGACUUUAGGAUAGAACGCACAAGAAGAAACAGAAGAAUGUCGUUGUAUUCAACAAAAGAAGGGAUAUUCAAAUCUUUUGAAGGUAGAGAGAAGAGAAUAUUUCAGAAGGCAGCAAGCAAGGUUUUUUACGACUGUGAGUACGAAUUAAUCAUUUUUAUAUGUGAUGACUAUCUUCACCUGGGGCAAUUCCAUGUAGACAUGGACGAGAUCCAACCUGAGGUUUUCAAUAAAACAAUCAAGAACUUUUUUUAUGGCAAGUAUGGGGAAAUAGCAUAUGUCGCACUUGUUUCUAUGGAAGAAUUUACUUUUUCAGUUAUUCAUCUUCUUUCUGUUACAUUUAAUAGAGACAAGCCAGUAUUGAAUAUUGAAGUGGUGAGAAAAUUGUAUGUCGGAUUUACCAUAUUCAACAUUUUCUUUUUGGAGGGUCGAAUUAUUAUUUCAUGCAAAGAUUUUGAGAUUAUUGAAAUCGAUACCUUGCGUACUCAGGAACUCCUGGAAGUGUAUGACACUACACUCUCACUACUGCUAGAAUCCAAAGAGUACUUCCAUGCAAAAUCACUGUUCAAACUGGAAAAUAAUCUAUUUCUUCUUUGUUUUGAUGGGGGUGGGUACAUAGUUGAUAAAACUGGCAGAUAUCGAGAGGAGAAUGUCACCUAUGAUUGGGAAGUAAUGGGAGAAGAGUUUUGCGUAUAUGAUAAAUGGAUUGUUGUGCUGGGAAUGUCGUAUCUUACUGUGUUUGAGAUUGAAACGGGAAAGAUGGUAUUUCAAGAGUACAUUCCCGGUGUGAAAUUGGCACAAGGCUGUAAAGUACCACACGUUCAUGACAUAAUAAUUUAUACAUGA